AUGGAGUGGUUCUUCCAUGUGUCACUGUGUCCCCAGUCCCCCUCGCAGGGCUCCAGGAUGGACACUCUGCACUGCUGGAGACUUACCCUCCACAUGAAGGCCACACUCAGGGAAAACUCAGGUUCCACAGGGCGCGGGGGGUGUGACCCUCCCAUCGCACCCCCACCCACCAUGGUCAAGUGUGACAUGGGAAGGAGAGGAUGGAAGGGACCCAACUGCAUCGGAUGCAGACAGAAGUGGCAGCUGGGCAUGGCUAGCGCCGUCACUGAACACCGGAGAGAAGAGGCUCAGCAAACCGAGGUCCUGGUCAGCGGCUUCUUGAUCUGCAGCACCCUGGUCAGCGACGCCUUGGUCCACAGCACCCCAGGCAGCGGUAUCUCCGUCUGCGGCGUCCCCGUCAGCGGCGCCCCCGUCAGCGGCGUCCUCAUACACGGCUGGAGGCUGGACCUCGGAAGCUCCAGCCGCUCACGCAUUUGCUAUACAUACUCUGGGGUUGAAAGUGCACGUGAGAAGUUGGAAGCACCAUGUUGUGAGCGUGGAUGGACGACGCCGGACAAAGGGCUGGACAAAGAAGGCCCUCAUCUGUUCUCCUUCCUGCCGCGGUGCUUUGGCGUUGCCGAGGCGCUGGAGAGAGCCGAGUUAAUUACAGGCGGUGAGGCAGAGGAGGGGGUAGUGUCCUUCACAUGUCAUCGAGGUCUGAGGGUGAGGCUGACGUGUGCGCGAGGAGGAAGGAGACGAGUGAUCGAUUCAAGAGUCAAGAGGACAGAGAGAAUGCACUGA